AUACACACACAACCAGGAAAUGACUUCGCAUUUCAGAGGAAAAGAAACUUAGAGACUCUCUCUCUCUCUCUCUCUCUGUCUCGCAGUGUGUGAGUUCAGGAAAAUGGCCGAGGCCAGUAUUUCAGUAGAUCAGGACCAGUUCCUCUGUUCAGUUUGUCUGGAUCUACUGAAGGAUCCAGUGACGAUCCCCUGUGGUCACAGUUUCUGUAAGGUGUGUAUUAAUGACUGCUGGGAUCAGGAUGAUAAGAGCGGAGUUUAUUGCUGUCCUCAGUGCAGAGACACUUUCACUCCAAGGCCUGUUCUACACAGAAACAACAUGCUGUCUGAAGUGGUGGAGAAACUGAAGAAGAAGACUGAAGUCCAAGCUGCUUCUCCUGCUCACUGUUACGCUGGACCUGGAGAUGUGGAGUGUGAUUUCUGCACCGGGAGAAAACACAAAGCCGUCAAGUCCUGCCUGAUGUGUCUGGCCUCCUUUUGUGAAACUCAUCGGAAACCUCACUACGAAGUUCCUUCCUGGAAAAAGCACAAGUUAGUCGAAGCUUCUGGAAAUCUACAAGAGAUGAUCUGCUCUCAGCAUGAUAAAGUGCUGGAGAUCUACUGUCGUACUGACCAAAGCUUCAUCUGUUAUCUCUGUACGAUGCAUGAACACAGAGGUCAUGACACAGUCGCGGCUGUAGCGGAAAGAACUGAAAAACAGAGUGAGUUAAAGGAGGAGCAGAUGAAAUCCCAGCAGAGAAUCCAGGAGAAGCAGAAGAAGGUGCAGGAGCUGAAACAGGCUGUGAACACUAUAAAGCGCAGUGCACAGACAGCAGUGGAGGACAGUGAGAGGAUCUUUACUGAGCUGAUCAGCUCCAUGGAGAAAAAGCGCUGGGAGGUGACGGAGCUGAUCAGAGAUCAGGAGAAGGCUGAACUGAGUCGAGCUGAACGACUCCUGGAGCAACUGGAGCAGGAGAUUGCUGAUCUUCAGAGGAGAGUAACUGAGCUGGAGCAGCUUUCACACACACACGAUCACAUCCAUUUCCUCCAGAGUUUCCAGUCUCUCUGUGUCUCUUCUGGACGUGAGGACUCACCCAGCAUCACUGUCAAUCAACAUCUCUCAUUUGAUGGAGUGAGGAAAUCUCUCUCUGAUCUGAAAAAGAGACUCGAGGAAUUCUGCCAGGAGGAAUUCAUCAAAAUCCCUGAACAUGCUGCAGCAGUUCAGAUGAUUUUACCCUCAGAACCAAAGUGCAGAGAAGAUUUUCUGCACUAUUUCUGUGAUCUGACUCUGGAUCCCAACACAGUAAAUUAUCACCUCAUUCUGUCUGAGAAGAACAGAGUGGUGACGCUCAGUGAGAGAAAGCAGCCGUACUCUGAUCAUCCAGAGAGAUUUGACUCCUUCAAUCAGGUGUUGUGUAAGGAGAGAGUGUGUGGACGCUGUUACUGGGAGGUGGAGUGGAGCAGUGAGGGAUGUGUGUUCAUAUCAGUCUCAUAUAAAGACAUCAGAAGGAAAGGACCGGGUAAUGAGUGUUGGUUUGGACUCAACAAUCAGUCCUGGAGUCUGCAGUGUUCUUCUUCUUCUCUCUUUUUCUGGCACAACAACAUUCAGACUGAUCUCAGAGUUCCAUCCCCCUCCAGAAUAGGAGUGUAUGUGGAUCACAGUGCAGGAACUCUGUCCUUCUACAGCGUCUCUGACACGAUGAAGCUCCUCCACAGAGUCCACACCACAUUCACUCAGCCUCUAUACGCUGGGUUCAAUUUACCUUACUGUGGAUCAGCUGUGAGAUUGUGUGAUCCAAAAUAAAAUAUUAAAUGAUUUGACGUUUUUAAAAUUAAGAUGAACAGCUUUACUUUUAUAUAGAGAGUUUAAGUCCAAUAAAGAUGGAACAUGAGGAAAGUCUUUUACAGACCCUCCAGGAUUUCGCGAUGUUGCGAUUUGCAACUUCAACGCAAAUUCAACCAAUCCCCGCGAAUUCAGGGCGGGGCUGCAAUUAUAUCCAAUCACCGCAACUUUCCCACAAAUUUGACCAAUCGUUGGCGUCGUCUUGAGGUGACGUCGACAAACUACCUUCCGCCUUACUUCCGUGUUUCCGUUCAGGAGAAGCAGCAUGUGCGCAGUGUUGCCAGAUUGGGCGGUUGUAAGUGUCUUUUGGUGGAUUUUGAACAUAUUUUGGGUGGAAAACGUCAGCAACGCUGUGUGAGUCAGUGUUUAUAUAGGCUUAAAUUCUGUUACUGAAAGUGUGUUAUGUUUACAGUGAAGGACUGGGUGCACUUUAUUUUUUUUUAACUUAAUACAAGAAAUUAAUGGAUGCCAACAUUUUUGCCAAAAUGGUAUUUUAUUUUCCAUUGUUUAGGCAGCUUCAGCAUCAUACUGUGAGAUUCUGUUCAAAUGUUUUUUUUUUCUUCUAUGAAGCCUGAGCCAUUUAUUUUAUUAGUUUAUAAUUAUUGUUCUUUUUUUUUUGAGGUUCUCUGCACUUUAACUUUUGAACCAACAAGUGCAUUUGGAUAAGUAAAGCCUAUUUUUCUGCAUUUUUGUAGUCCUGGUAACCUUUACCAAUAUAAAAGUUGUUUAUAGGACCAUUUCUCAGUGUCUUGGUUUUUUUAAUCAAUAGUUUUUCAGUAAUAACUUUAAUAUUUAACAUAUCACUCAAUUUUAAUCACAAAAACAGAAAAUGGCAACAAUUUCUCGCAACUUUCACUUCCUCCCGCAAUGUAAUCGCCACAAAAGCCUAAAAAACACCGCAACUUUCAUCGCAAUUUUUUGGAAAACCCCCCACAACAUCAGACAUUUUAGCCUGCAACAAUCGCAAAAAAGGCCCGCGAAAUCCUGGGAGGACUGCUUUUAGAUUUUCUAAUAUUUAUUUAUAAUAUGAGAUCUUCAUUUCUCUGUCUUUUAGGAGAUUUAAUAUUAUAAUUGUGACCAUAAUAUAAAAAUAAUUAUCAGAACUUAAAAAAAAAAAAUCUGCAUUAUCAUAACUGCUAUAA